AUGCUCGCUCCGCAAGAGCCUCUGGCCACACAAAGAGGAACCCAACACCAGCGGUGGUGCACAACACGCGAACAUAGAAAUGUGUUCAGGACGUUUGCUGGCUUUGCCAAACACGAGAAAGAGCAUGAUGACUUUUACCAGUUUUUACCCCAAGGCCCCGUCGAGAAGACGUCGUCGGGACGACAAUGCGCCCUUUGUACCACGAAAGACCCAAGCGAGGCACACCUUCAGGAUCACAAUAUUCUGAGGUACGAAGGAAGAUUGAGGGGCGCCAUCACACGUUCACGGAAAGUCAACUUUGAGCACCUUCUCAAGAGGCACAACACCCCUGAGGAAUACAUCAAAGUCCUGGUUGACAGAUGGCGAAAGCCCGCGGGGAAAAAGACUUACUCGUGCGGCUUUUGCGUCGCCAUAUUCCCGACUCUACCGGACAGAUCCAGUCAUAUUGAUCGUGAGCAUUUUGCGAAGGGACAGCAUAUAGAUGACUGGGACGAUUUCAAAGUGAUCAAAGGACUCCUCCUUCAACCAGAAGUGAGGCAGGAGUGCCAGAGGCUCUUCAAUCCAGUAGACCCUUCUCGUCCAGAAACUAAGAUCAGCUGGCCACCCUCUAAAAUUGACGCUCUCAGGCUCCGGCUCGAGAUCGGAUCAGACCCUGCUUCGGAACUAGCGAGAGAUGCUUUUCGUGAAGCCAGAAUCGACAGGUUAAGGCCUUCAACGCCCAACAUGCGUCUCUUAUCUGAUGACAGAGGCCAUACCCAUAUGCCUCCCUCAAAUCAAAUACACUUUGCAUUCGGAAGAGAAAUUCCCACAACCAGCCCUCAUCACGAUCAGCUCGGCCUACCUCGAGACACGUCGAGCGUACAAACAGCAGCUAAAUCUGAUGAAACUGCUGCUCUUGACAUCUCACUCAUGUCAGUCCCCUCGCCGCCUGAGGAUCUGCCACCAAUGGUGACCAGCCAUGGGUAUCCCACUCGAUCCAGUAGCCUAGCUACAAGGGCCGCUUGCGACAGCGACUUUGAAUUUUCAGGAUCUGCAAAUCCUUUUGAAGCGCAACAUCUCUCCUCGGUAUCUCAGAUGAUGCAUAACGACUUACCGCAACAAGACGCGAGCGAUGGGGCGUUAAGUCAGGCUGAGAAACCUUUUCUCAGCCCUUCGAUCUCAAAUUAUAGCUUUCACCAACACUCUCCUUACGUCUUGUCGACAGCUGGAACGCCGUCCCACAUAGCCUUUCAAAUAAAUUCUCUUGAGAAGGAGACCUUCAACACUUCGCUUGAGGAGUCAGCAGUCCCAAUUCCGCUUCCUAAGCGAAAGCUCUCGGACAAGAGCGCAAACGAUGCAAACCUAAAGGCUCAAACACAAGCCCCUUCAUCGACAUUCAAUCAGGACUAUUCAACCGAGUACGGUGACUUGGCUUACGCGAAUACCAAUGUUUUUGAGCAUUGGGACUCGAGCUACCGAAUGUGA